CAUUGGAGUUCGUGACUUCUCAGUGUGCUCACUUCUACCCGUUCGCCCUCGAAUUAUUGAUCGAUCGAAGAAAAUGCCUCUCACAGUUAGGAUAAAGAUUCUUCGUGCUUUGUCUGUGAUCCAAUGCUGGUUAGCUUUGUGGCUGAUAGUGCUUGGAAUUGUGGAAGUCGCGCGGGUAAAAUGGAGAUUCAGUGGACUGGGAAUGCCCAUUUGGACCGGAGUGUUGGUUGCUUUUACUGGUUCAUUUGGUGUUUUUAUUACUUUGAAGAAAUUGCAGAAGUCACCAGGAAAUGUAACUAUUCCUCAAUACUUAGUCAUGACACUGAUGGGUUUCUCCCUGACCUGUGCUAUUCUCUCAAGGAUGAUCAUGCUUAGUUAUGGGCCAGAAUUGGCUACGGCAGGCCAUAAGUCAUUUCUUUACUACACCCCCAAGAACUAUCAUGAUGGUAACAUGAUGGAUUUUGUUGUGGUUAAAGCACCUCUUACAGUUGAUUCUCGUUUCAAUGAGGAGCAUGCCUUGGUGGGCUCCAUCUUUGCAUUCACUUUUCUGGAACUGAUAACAGCAUUAUGGUCUGCUGCCCUUUGCUUUGUCAAUGAUCAGAAGCCAACAGACAAGAAUGCGGAUUUUGAAGUUGAUCCCUUGAUGGACAGUGUUGGACAAAGCCAACAAGCUGGUGGUGCAUCCAUGCUAAAUGUGUAGUUAUCGACUAAUAGUUUGCAUGUUGCCGCGCCUCUUUUCAGUAACAGAUCAUAGAUAGCAUCAAAAUGUGGUUAUAGGACAAAUUUACGGGCUAGCUACACUUGGCGAAAUAACCACGAUAACUCGUAUGUGUCUAGAUUCUUUGUAACGUAAUACCAACUACAACGAUUUACAUUCAUCUAUCUAACGAUUCGAAGUUAUUGGACUUAUUGCUUCUCCGAAAAAGAAACUACGAACGCACAUGACGUGGGAAACUGCACCCUCGAUGCAUGUCAGCGGCACUUAUCACUUCACGUGAACUUAACGAAUCGUACAGCAAACACUUGGCACACGAGGUGCAGCCGAGUGUAUCACUAAAAUAAAUAUGUUCUUACCACAUUUGAAGUCAUCUCUGAUCCACGGCAACAAGAUCUAAUUGUUUUAUACAUGUAUGGGGAAAUUGCAAGAUGUUCUUAAUGGUGACGUCCUCUGUGCAUCUGUCCUCCAAUAGAUCACUUGUAAGAUGCAAUUAAAAUGCAUGUAUGAUUUAGCUUUUAUAAUGAUAACUAGAUCAUUAUAGUAGUAUUGUGACUUAUGGGCUUUACAGUGAGCAGUGUCUCUCAUCAUAUGCUGAAAUCAAUUGCGCCACGUAGGUCACAAAAAAUCGUUGUGCAAUGCAUCGUGAUGUUUCCAAAAUAACUAUUGUUGCCAUUAUUAUUAGACUUAUUGCGUAGCAUCAUCUAAAUUCUAAAUUCCAACCAAAUUCUUCGCCAUCCUUGCUUAGUGUGGUGCUAGGCAGAAACUAGUGUUUGUUUCUAACAACGCGUUGUCCAGCUUCCGGCCGUUUUGAGAUCGUAGAUGUUGUGACUUCUUAUCAGUACACGUGCAGGGAUUCACCGCACCCUAAGGGUGCAGCAACCAAUCUUAAAAGUAAGUUCCCCACUAUCUGAUAACACCCCAGUAUUUUACUUCGAGUUAAAAGGAAAAAAAAAAAAAAAAAUAUAUAUAUAUAUAUAUAUAUAAACCCUCUGCCCAUCCUUAUCCAUAAACAAAAACAUUAAAGUGGUAGUUGUGUUGUUUACUCGAGCUGGUUGGUUUUUUACAAAAUAUAUUUGUUUGAAAACUCUUGUUGUUUUUGCUUAAUUUCGUAGGUUUUUUAUUGGUUAAGUUCUUACUGUGUUAAAUACUCACCACAACUGGCCAGAAGUUAAAUAGAAAAUGAUUAAGUUACAUUUUGAUCUUCGAAAAGUUUUCAAGAAGCAAAGCG